ACAAAUCCAUACAAAUACAAACAUAUUAGAACAAUCUAUGCUUCUUCAUCUCUCUCUCCACUUUCUCUCUCUAAGCUUCCCACCCCUCCACACCCAUGGCGUUCCAAGACAACAUCUCUCACGAAAUGGCUCUCCAACACUACACCGACCAACACCAGUUAUCCGAAAACGACGACGUUCUAACAGGAAUAUUACCGUCACCAAAAACCUCACAGACUCCACCUCCUACAUGGCUAAACAGCGCCAUUCUCCGGCCACACAACCACCACUACGGCGGAGAUACCACCACCGGCAGCUUCCUCCACCUCCAAACAACCAACUCUGACUCAUCAAACUCCAACAACCACUGGCUGUCCCCUAGACCCAUACAAAACAACGAUAACCAUAACGAUAACCAUAAUAAUAACAAUUUUAUUUCGGCGAUUAACAGCGAGAAUAAUAAUAUUAAUAACGUUGAUGAUGAUACGAUGAAAGUGAGUCAACGGAAUGGAAAUGAAGAGAGAGAUUGGGAGUUAAUGAAGUGUAAAGCGGAUAUAUUAUCGCAUCCUAUGUAUGAUCAGUUGUUGUCUGCUCAUGUUUCGUGUUUGAGAAUUGCGACUCCGGUUGAUCAGUUGCCAAGGAUUGAUGCACAGCUGGCUCAGUCGCAGCAGGUUGUUGAAAAGUAUUCUGUGUUUGGGGAUCAGAAUCAGCAUAUGGAUGAUAAAGAGCUUAAUCAGUUCAUGGCACAUUAUGUUAUACUACUAUCGUCAUUUAAAGAACAGCUACAGCAACAUGUUCGUGUCCAUGCAAUGGAAGCAGUCAUGGCUUGUUGGGAGCUAGAACAAUCUUUACAAAGCUUAACAGGUGUAUCACCUGGGGAGGGUACAGGAGCAACAAUGUCCGACGACGAUGAAGAGCAAGUAGACGGUGACACUAACAUGUUUGAUGGUGGUCUCGAUGUUUCAGACAGUAUGGGAUUUGGCCUUCCAACUGAAAGUGAGCGUUCUUUAAUGGAACGGGUUAGGCAAGAGCUCAAACACGAGCUAAAGCAGGGAUAUAAGGAGAAAAUUGUGGACAUCAGAGAGGAAAUUCUACGUAAAAGACGAGCCGGGAAACUACCUGGAGACACCACCUCCCUCUUGAAAGCAUGGUGGCAAUCCCAUUCCAAAUGGCCUUACCCUACAGAGGAAGACAAAGCAAGACUGGUACAAGAAACUGGCUUACAACUAAAGCAGAUUAACAACUGGUUCAUCAACCAAAGAAAAAGGAAUUGGCACAGUAAUCCUUCAUCCUCAACCUCUGUCAAGAGUAAACGCAAGAGUAAUGCUAGGUGAAAAUGCAGAAGCAUGUCGUGUUGAUCUGAUACGUGCAUGCUCCAGGUUAACUAUCAUACUGUUGGAAUAAUCUUGAUCGGGUCAGAUUACGGGUCAAGUUGGAUACGGUUCGGGUCAAGCUAACAGUCAAGAUCGUGGGAGCUGGAAUAAAGGGAUUAUUUACAUGCUUUAUUAGCUGCACGUUGAGGAGAAAUAGUCAUGUUUGACCGAGCUUAUGGAUCUGAACGUUGCAAGGCAGUAUGUGGUUCCUAGAAAGCUGGAGAUCAUGGUUUAAUUAGCAUGUGCUUGUUUUAUUUUAUUAUAAAUAGGGUAGUAGGUCUGUCAUUUGAUACUUGUACUCUCAAUUCUAAUAUAACGAAAGUUCAAGCAGAAAACCCCUUCUUUUA